AUGUGGCAAAGUACACAUUUUCUGGUGGGUCAUAUUAAUCAAAUUUCACGCCUCGAAUGGAAUACUGAAACACAUGAUACAGGUCAUAUAACCAGGAGUUUUCGAUCAGUAACCCUAGAAGCAACCGUAGGAUUUACUUUUGGUGUUAAUGAAGAUUUAGGACUCUGGUUUGGGACUACUACAGGAAGGUUUUAUUCUUUCCAUCCAUAUAGAGAAUCCCAUCAAUUCAUACACCAUGAUAUUCCAGGAGUUCAUUUAAGCAAAGGAAUCGUGUUCCACCCAAGCGCAAAUGGCAUACUCUAUUACAUCGAUUCUUUAAAUCAGAGAAUCCUAUCACUUUAUUAUGAUUAUGAUACCAAAUUGGUAACUGGGCCUCCUCAGGUCGUCUUUGACUUUAUUGAAUGGCGUGGAACCAUAAGUCCUGCUAUCUUCAGCGGUCGUGUCACUCUGGGUCGUAUGGCAAUUGAUCGAAGAUUUCAUCUCUGGGUGCCUCUUAAUGGAGGUGGAUAUAUCCUUGAUAUUGACCCGACUAGACGCCAUCCAGUGGUUCGAUACAUUGGGCUGAAUUCACUUAAACUCAACGCAUGUGUUUUCGGAGGUGAUUUAUUGGAUAUAUUAUAUGUAUCUUCAGAGCCAUAUGAAAGGAAUAUAGAACGACCAACUCACUUUGAGGUUGGUAAAAUUUUCGCCGUUUCUAACCUUGGCGAUGGCGCGUUUGGAUAUGCCCCAUCCGAUUUCGAUAUGCCUCCUCCACCUAAGAGAAGACCAUCACCCGAAAGCCACUACUGGGCGUAA